UCAAGUGGAUCGUGCUGGCUGCCCUCGUGCUCAUCAUGGUGUACCAGGUGGAAGCAGACUUUUACUUCAACCACAUCUGGCCGAAGGAAGAUGAACUUGAGGAAAAUGACCUUAAAUGCGUUCCUGGUCGUACCAUCAUCAAGCUCAUUGAAAAACCGGCUGAACCUGUGGAAGUAAACUCAUCAGACGACGAGGAUGAAGAUUUCGGCAACGCUCUGCGGUCUCAUAUGAACACCAAGAUCAAAGAGGAUUACUGUAAAGUGUGUGUCUGCUCAGUGGAAGGCAAGGAUGAGUACUGCAGCGGAAGACCAGCGAUGAAUGUCAAUGAGUGCCUCAGGAUGAGCACGUUGAUGGAGCAGUUCCAUAACAACGUGCCUUUCGACCACAAAAGGACUUUGGCGUACAGAAUUAGGAGAGUGGGCAGCGACACCAAUUACGACGAGUCGACGUCGUGUGUUCCUUUCAUAUCAGAAUACACUGACUGUACUUCAGAGAACCGAUGCAAAGGCUGUGUCAAAUGCUUAUGCCUGGCCGACGCCACAUGGUCAUGUACCGACGUCCAGGAGUGCCCCGAGAAAGAAUCCGAGUACCAGCUCGAGGACUCUAGCAUAGAUGACGUGCUCAACGAGAUCCAAUACAGAAUGAGUAAUAAUUACAAUCCGAAUAACAUGUAUAUUCCGGGAGCAGCCAAGGGUAACUCCAAGACAUCCUUCGUGCCUCGUCCUCCAGAAAAGGAUAGCGAUCUUCUUUUAGGUUUUGGGCCAAAGAGUUUGGAGUCAAGCAUAGCAAGUUUGUUGCGCAACAAAAGAUCAAUUGAUAAUGCUAACAAUACGGAUGCAGUCAAAUUUUUUCACACUGUUGAUGAAAUAAAUGAAGAUACUUUGAAGCUCGGGAAUGUAUCAGGGACUCUCCAAGCGCACAAAGUUGACGGCGUUAUCUCUCCAAAAAUAUCUCGCAGGACCGGUGUGUUGAGUGACAAUGUGUCUCAGAGUUCAUUGCACAUAGAGUACAACGAACCCAAUGACCCUCAUAUUGCAGAUAACAAAAUAGAUGCGGUCCAGCAUGAAGACCAGUUCGAAUCAUUAAGUCAUAACAAGAUUCUCACAAUAAUCGGCAAUCACACCCAAAAACAAAAGGAUAAAGAUCUGUCCAAGCUAGUCGUCAAUGAGCUAAAAUUCGGCCAAGAAAUAAUAGGAGAUGAACACGCUAAAAUCAUGUCCAACAUUACCUUCACACCAGAAAACGAUACGCUUACAGCAAUGGCUUUCAUUGCUGGUAAUCUUUUAAACAAACUUUGGAAUAUGGAGAGAGAUUCUGGGGAAGAUUCAGUGGAGACCGAAGUAUUAAAACACGAAAAAAUAUCUGAUUUACUAAAUUUGUUUAAAGAACCAUUGAAUUUGAGACAAGAGAACUUCUUAAAAAGUGCUUUAGAACAAUUAUCAGAGGCUAUUGAUAAGGACAAGACUCUCAAAAAUGUGACGCUCUGUGAGAAAAUGGAAAAAUCAAAGGGAAUUUUAAGGGCAAUAAAUGGUUCAAACGAAGAGGGAACAACUGAAAAGCCUCAUGAUAGUGAUAAUGUUGACAAUAAAGAACCUAGUUCAGAAAACAACUCUGAGGUUGCUACAGAAGCAAUUACUAAGAUAAAUAAUGUAUUAAGUCUGAUUAAUAAGUUUCAAAAAGUUCAACAAAAUUUGAAUAAUUUGAAACAGAAAUCAAAAAGUAAUAGUGGAAAUGUCAAAAGAAAAGCUAAUAAGACCAAAAUACCUACGGAGCUAAGUUUAUCAAAAGAUGAAGCUUCAUCACUAAAUAUUUUUGGUACAAUUUUAGAAAAAAUCACAAAACUAUUGAUGCCACCUAAAAAGAGUAAAAAAAUGGCAAAAAACAUACGGAACCAAAAUGUUUUCAAAAACAACAACGAAAUAGCAGCCACAUUGAAACAUCUGUAUAAUAUUGAUGUAGAUGGUUCAGAUUUGACAUCUAAAGACAAACUUAUAUUUGAUUAUUUAUCUACGGUAAAGAGAAACCCCAACUGUAUUCUAGAACAUUUAAAGGAAGGCAAACAGAGUCCUAUAACCAAAACAGAAGGGGAUAUAUUAUUAAAUCUCUCCGAAUUUUUCAAAAUUAAGUCUUUUGUUGAUUUGCUGAAACUUCUUGAACCGGAAAAUAAAUCAAAUGUACGGAGUUCCAACUUAACAACGACAAGUAAACCAGAAACCACCAUCACCUCCGAAAGAACUACGACUAAAAUUACUACUACAACUGAAAUCUCGACGAAGCUAGCGAAUACUAAACAGAAACUCAAAGCUCAUCUCAAAAAUAUUAUUGAUGAUUUGAUUGAAAUUCAAAAUGCUAAAGGCCAUCCUACAAAUAACAUAAGCAUUGUAGAUGCGUUACCUUGUAUUUAUAAUAUGCUCAAUGCUGAUCAAAAUGUACAGAAAAAGUCAUCGAAAAGCAAAGCAAGUACUGUAUCACCAGUUGAUAAAGUAACAGCGAUAUUUCAUGCUUUGAAACAGGACCUGAUGUCAACCCAAACUCGCAGAAGCAACGUCAUAACCGGUGAAAGACCGAAAUCAGCUGUCGUUUGGGAAAGAAUUAUCAAAAACUUUGAUAACAAAAAUAAACAGAGCGCUAGACGCCACUUAGAAAUUCAAGAGCCCAAAACCUUUGAAGAACUUAAAAAUCUAGUAGACAAAAUUGAAUCAACUUCAAAAACCUACAAAAAUGAUGCUUUAAUGAACGGAGUGCCGCCAUCAGAGCGAUUAGUUUUGCUCAAAACUCUAUCAGAAGAUGUCAAACAAUACAUAAGUGUCCUAGAGGAUAUUGAUAACUCUUUGUUCAACUUGGAAAAUAUACCUGUAGAUAAGAAAACUGAAUUGAAAGAUUUUAUAGACAAUUCAGCAACAAAUCUAAAUCUGAACGAAAGAAUUGCUAAAAAUAUUAAUGAAUUAAAAGUGAAAAGCAACACACAACAGGAAAGUUCGGCUAAAAUAGUAAAUAAUCUUAAAGAAAAAUAUGUUCAGAAACACUCUAUGAAACUUUUAGAUAUAAAACCAUCGUAUGAAAGGAAAAAUGUUAAAUUGUCUAGAGAUUCUAUCAUUAACCAGUUGAUCAAGAACCGAAUGGAAUUGUUCAUCAAAAUUAAAGAAUCCAAAAACGUAGAUCUUGAGAGUGAUAUGAAUUAUUCUAUUGCUAAAAAGAUUUUGGUGUAUCUAGAGAGCGGUAAUUAUACUAUAGCAAGAGAACUGUAUAAAAUCAUUGUGUCCCAGAAACAGAAAACUAACGAUCAGCCGCCAGCUGAUAAGAAAACAGUGCUAACGUCAGGCAGAAGGUCAUCAAUUCUCACCAAAGAGCCCGUGGUGCAGUUCCAAGAGCCAAGGGGCCAGAGUCAACUGCAGUGGCUCAACCAGGAUAUCUGGUUGAAGCAGCUUACUAACUUGAAGAACAUGAGAUCAUAA